CUAUAUCGUAUUAUACAAGAUGUCAUUCUUAGUCCGUCUUCUCUCACAUCAUCAUGUAAAUCUGGGAAUGUGACCAGUUCGGACACUAGCAGCAGGACAAAAUCGCGGAGAGCGGCUUCCAGGUUAUAUGUUAAAGAGUACUUUCUCAAUCGAAUCUACGCCUUAGGCUCCUUCAAGACCUACUGGAAUCGGCUUUAUGACGUAGCCUUGUUACUAUGGAUCGAUGCAUGGAUUGGAAUCUUCUCAUACAAAUGUAAGGCGCAAGACUCCUUCACCUCACCUUAUCUGGCCAUUAUGACCACGCCAAAUAAUAACGAGAGGCGUAUAUACUCUAUUUUUAUCAGCGGAGAACGUUUUAGGCUUACAAGAGACCAACUGGAAUCAGACCCUGGGAAUUAUUUCGCCACAUUUUUCUUUGGCGACUUUGCAGAAGCCCAGAAUGGUUGUACGGAAUUGGUCAUUGAGAAAGAACCCAAGCUGUUUAGGUUAAUACACGCUCAUCUUAGGGGCUACACCAUUCUUCCUUUGUCAAUGUCCAGCAUACCGCAGUACAUGACACAUGAAACUGCGUUGACCAAUCUCAUAGCUGACGCUGAAUUCUACGGGCUGCAAAUGCUAGUUGACAAGCUACAAGA